GGGGGAAGGGAAGUCAAGCUGAAGAUACCGACACACGUGAAGGGUCCACGUGAAGACAGGCCAAUGAUCAAAGACUAAACCGAAUGAGGAAACUCCUUACUUUGUUGCGGCCAUUCCCAUAGUCGACCUCACUACCCAUUAUCGACAUCACCACCGUCUAACCUCCAAUCAGUCCUCCGGUACAUUUUCAAUCGUAUCCCACAGCACAAAAUCACAAUGUCUUGGUUAGGAAAGAAGUUCCCUGCGCCUGUCGCAAAGCCAAUGGCUCCUUUCUUCGUUGCCGGUGCCGUCAUCAUGUACGGAAUCAACUCUGCUGCUAUCGCAAUGUCCAACAGCGAGGAGUUCAAGAACGACCCUAGAAACCCAAACGCAAAGACCCCAAAGCCAGCCGAGAAACACUAAAUGGGAGAAACGUAUGAUGGGGGGCAUGAUGACUGGGAACUUCCAUAGAUCGAACCUAUGAUAGAUCGGUUGAACGGGGCAUUCGUUCCCGUGAUGGAUGAUGUGUAAAUUAGGAGACAAUGAAAUCAUCUGGUGUCCUAUAAAGGAAGAUGUUACACUGUGAUCUAUCAUCCAAGUUUGAGGAUACUAAUGAUAUCUUGAGUUUGACCUGAAAAUUAGUCGUUUCGAGCAAAACUUCAUGGCAUGAGGGUGGGGGGACUGAGGGGCAUUGAAUGAAUAGCCUCGAGCGGGGAUAUUGCAUGCCUAAUAAGUUCUAUUGUAUCUUCUCCUUCUCACCAUGGUACGAGUAUAAGGGUGUAGUAUGAAACAUUUGUCUUUGAAGUUGUAUUUUCAAAGAUGUGAAUUGCUUUGAAUUUAAAUUGAUUAGUGGCA